UAUAGAUACAUAUAUUGAGUAUGAGGAGUGGAGGUUACAGUGUCCAGCAAGCCCUCACGCCUGAGGCUGCAACUAUGGUGAAACAAGCCAUGGCCUUGGCUAGACUGCGAGGGCAUGCUCAGGUCACGCCUCUACAUGUAGCUAACACCAUGCUCUCUGCUUCCAUGGGUUUACUCAGAACAGCUUGCCUCCAAUCUCACACUCAUCCUCUUCAAUGCAGAGCACUCGAGCUCUGUUUCAAUGUCUCUUUGAACCGUCUGCCAACUUCCACAGGGAGUCCUAUGUUGGUCCCUUGCAUAUCUAACUCUCUGGCUGCAGCUUUUAAGCGUGCGCAGGCUCACCAGCGGCGUGGUUUCAUCGAGAGCCAGCAACACCCAAUCUUGGUCGUCAAGAUUGAACCUGAACAGCUCAUAAUAUCCAUACUUGAUGAUCCUGGUGUGAGUAGAGUGAUGAGAGAGGCUGGUUUCUCAAGUCCUCAAGUGAAGAACAAGGUGGAGCAAGCUGUGUCUUUGAAGAUUUGCUCCAAUAAAUCCAAGGCAAAAAAUUUACUUACUGCAGCGGUCAAGAACUUCAGUGAGAUCGAAAAUGAAACCAUCCUAGAAUGCUCAACGGUGACGGAUGCAGAAGGUAAGAGAAGAAGCAGCAAUGUGAUCACAGCUCUCCCAGCAUGGCUUCAGCAAUACAAGAAGGAGAAUCAACAAAAGGACACUGAUUCUGAUAACUCAAUCUGCAAUUUAGUCCACAAACGGACAUCUGAGAAAACCAUUGAUCUUUCUUCUCUUUCUCCUUCUUCCUCUUCUUGCAAUACUUAUGUUUCUACAGAUGCCAACUUAAGAUUAUUCGCACCAGAACAUAAUAAUGACCUCACAACAACGCUCUUGAUGAACUCUGCAGCCUCUUCUAGCGAUGCAGUAGACAUUGAAUAUGUCUCCAGGUUUAAAGAGAUGAAUGUUGAAAACCUAGAAACUCUCUGUGAUGCCUUAAGUAGCAAGGCACCGAGGCAAAAGGAUGUUAUCCCUGAUAUUGCGAGAGCAAUAUUGAAAUGCAGGUCCGGUUCAACACCUAGGAAGAUCAGAAACGGGAUUCGAAAAGAAGAAACUUGGUUGUUUUUCCAAGGUGUGGAUGUGGAGUCCAAGGAGAAGAUAGGUAGAGAGUUGGCGAAACUUGUGUUCGGAUCAGUUAACAGCUUUGUUCCAAUAAGCUUGAGCAGCUUCUCUUCCUCUUCUAUGGAAGAUCUCGGUAACAAGAGGAGGAGAGACGGAGAUAGCUGGAACUACAUCCAGAGAUUGUUCGAAGCAGUGUCUUGUGAUCCACACAGAGUGUUCUUUGUCGAAGAUAUAGAGGAAGCUGACUAUUUAUGUCACAUGAGUUUCAAGAAAGCCAUUGAGAGAGGAAAACUUCAAAGUGGAAGUGGUGAAGAAGCGUUUCUUAAAGACGCAAUCGUGAUCUUGAGCUGUGAAAGAUUCAGCUCGAGAUCAUCAAGACCAUGUUCGCCUUCAGAGGAUGAUAGAAAGAUGAGGAGCCCUUGUGUAUCUCUCGAUCUAAGUCUUUCUAUUGAUCAUGAUGAUAAUAUUCAUGAUGGAUAUUGCAGUGAUCAUAUUGGAUUACUUGAUGCUGUAGAUGCACACAUUCUUUUUAGCGUGUCGUCAACAUAGAUUCAUGUGAUUUCACUACCUUGGUCAUGAUCUUGGUACAUACUAAUAUGACAUGGUAACGUGUUUUUUCGCC